CGGUGAGAUCCCGGUUCUUCUCUCGCGCGUCCGGACGAAGCGUAGCGAGCGCUGCGCCAGGAUGAACGAGGUGGUCCCGGAACCCGGAAUCUGAUCCCCCCCUCCUCCUCCUCCUCCUCGCUUGCAUCUAACGGAGAGGGAGAGCGAGAGAGAUAGACCAUCCGUCCUCUCUCGCCCAUCCUCACUUGAUCUAUUCUCUCACCUCCUCCUCCUCUUCUUCUCCUCGCCCUCGUCGCUCUCUCUCUCUCGGUUUGAAGGACAAACCGAGGAGGUGGACACGGUGGAAAUAUCUGUUUUUUUUGGGGGGUUGGCGCACGCGUCUACUCUCCCUCUCGUGCGCAGCGCGCAGUCCGGUGCGCGCCUCGACGUUCCCGUGAAUGGUGGAUUUGGCCAACAUGGAGACGGUGGAGAAGGAAUGCGGGGCCCUCGGGGGUCUGUUCCAGGCGAUUGUCAACGACAUGAAGUGCUCCUAUCCUGUGUGGGAAGACUUCAGUGCCAAGGCCACCAAGCUGCAUUCCCAGCUCCGAACCACGGUUCUCGCUGCGGUGGCCUUCCUGGAUGCUUUUCAGAAGGUGGCAGACAUGGCCACCAACACCAGAGGGGCAACCAGGGAUAUUGGUUCUGCUCUGACCAGGAUGUGCAUGAGGCAUCGCAGCAUUGAAGCUAAACUCCGCCAGUUCACGAAUGCUUUGAUGGAGAGUCUGAUCACUCCUCUCCAGGACAAGAUAGAGGACUGGAAGAAGACAGCCAACCAGCUGGACAAGGAUCAUGCCAAAGAGUACAAGAGGUCACGGCACGAGAUCAAGAAGAAGUCAUCUGACACCAUGAAGCUUCAGAAGAAAGCUCGCAAAGAGAUUCAGGGCCGGGGCGACCUGCAGCCCCAGCUGGACAGCGCCAUGCAGGAUGUGACCGACAUGUGCCUGCUGAUGGAAGAGAUGGAGAAGCAGGCGGUGCGGCGCGCCCUGGUGGAGGAGCGGGGGCGCUUCUGCACCUUCAUCGGCUUCCUCCAGCCAGUUGUGAAUGGAGAGAUCGCCAUGCUGGGAGAGAUCACACACCUCCAGGCCAUCAUCGAUGACCUCACUGUGCUCACCACUGACCCGCAUAAACUGCCCCCCGCCAGUGAACAGGUGAUCAAGGAUCUGAAGGGCUCGGACUACAGCUGGUCCUAUCAGACUCCCCCGUCGUCCCCCAGCAGCUCUGGCUCACGCAAAAGCAGCAUGUGCAGCAGCGUCAACAGCACCCACAGCAGCACCUCCCGCUCCUCGGGGGGCGGCGCUAGCUGCGGUGUUGGUGGGGGCGGUGGCGGCUCCUUGCCUCACUCGCCCACCUCCUCAUCCUCUUCCUCCUCCUAUCGCUACCGCAGCAGCCUGCCACACCAGCCUCUGCCACCGGGGGGCAUCGCUGCCCACCGCCUCAGCAGCGUCUCCUCUCACGAUUCAGGCUUCGUGUCCCAGGACGCCAACAUCUACUCCAAGCCUCCCUCGCCCAUGCCGUCGGACAUCACCAGCCAGAAGUCAUCCAGCUCAGCGUCAUCCGAGGCCUCAGAAACAUGCCAGUCAGUCAGUGAGUGCAGCUCCCCCACCACGGACUGGUCCAAAGCAGGGCAGUAUGAGCAGCCAGGUGCGACGGCUGUGGUUCAGAGGCGAAAGGAGCCCCUGGACCGGCUGAGGGAGGGCGAGGCUUCUCCGAGUGCUCAGGGCUACGCCGGUCCUUCACACGCCGAAGACGGCCAACGUCCUCGCGGGACAGCAGCCGCCACCGCUGGCAAGUAUGGAGAUGAAGUUUCACCGGCGGCCAGUGACUUAGCGAUGGUGCUGACCAGGGGAUUGAGUAUGGAACAGCAGAAAAGCAACCGAGAUUCAUUGCACUACUCCAGUGGUUACAGCACCGAGACCACGACGCCAUCCUGCUCUGAGGACACUAUCCCAUCUCAAGGUUCAGACUAUGACUGCUACUCAGUCAACGGAGACACCGAAGCUCCAGACGGACAGACAGAAUUCGAUAAGUCCUCCACUAUUCCUCGCCACUCCAACAUUGCCCAGAACUACCGUCGUAUGAUCCAGACCAAGAGGCCUGCCAGCACCGCUGGUCUCCCCAGCGGGGUGCUCGGCCCCGGCGGUCAUGUGAUUCCCGGACAAAGCGGAGGUGGGGCAGGGACCCCAGGCACUGCCACCAUCAGGAGAACCCCGUCAACCAAACCGGGAGUUAGGCGCACCUUAUCCAGUGUUGGGCCUAUUCCCAUUCGACCACCCAUAGUGCCUGUCAAGACACCCACUGUACCCGGCGACUCUCAUUCCCCAGGCGCCAGUGGCGCUGGAGGCUACUCGGGGGGUGCUCCUGUACGUGUUGGAAGUGAGGAGUGCGUCUUUUUUGCGGGAGCCGAGGACACCCAAGGGGCGCUUGAUUAUGUGAAGGCCUCGCCCAAGCGCCUCAGCCUGCCAAACACUGCCUGGGGCUCAGGGGCAGCGCUGGAGGUCUACGCCCAGCAGCAUGGGGUCACGGGAUCAGAAGAGGAGAAGAUGAUGAUCGCCGCCAAUCGGCACAGUCUAGUGGAGAAGAUUGGUGAGUUGGUAGCCAGUGCUCACGCCCUCGGAGAGGGGCAGUUUCCCUUCCCGACGCUGCCUGACGAUCCGACCCCAACGGCGGGUGGUCCCGCUGACUCUCAGACAGAAGGGGCUGAAGGGUCAGGCGACAUGCUGACCACCAUCAGGAGGGGGGUCCGACUCCGUAAGACCGUUUCCAACGACCGCUCGGCACCGCGCAUCUUGUGAUUGAAGCAGGAAGUAUUGCGUCCGUCUAUAGCGAGACAGGUGUUGGUGUGGUGCAAGCCAACCGCCUAGUACUUAACCACGUAGGGAAAUCUAUAAUAUAACACCAGACGAAUGAAAACAUCCACAAAAAUAUGUCUGAGGACUCCAAUAGAGUAAAUAAUAUAUGAUGAAUUAAUAACAUUAAUAAUGUUAACUCAUGCUGACAAUUCAAGUCAAGUAAUAUUGACCGGCUCAUCGAGGCCUCUAUAACUAGUGUGUGUUGGACGCAUGUUUCACUUCUCUACACCUUCACCGAGUGGUGCCAAGAACUGUUUCAAGAGAGGAGAAGUGGUCAAAGAUUCCGUUCGCCAUCCUCACAUCUCCAACGAAGCUGACCGCAGGAGCCCAGACGAAUGAGGGGUAAGCAGGGUGGGAGGGUCAGAGUGCCAUGUGAUCAGCCGACUCAGUGUCGAUACACUGUACUUAACUGAAGCUUUGGGAUUAGCACGGGGAGCUAACAGGCCAGAGGACCCUCUCUGGUUCCCCCUAAUGUAUCUAAAAAAACAAAAUAGUGUUGGCAUUGAACCGUGCUAGUGCCCCCUUCCCCCCUCUCUCUUUUGUUGUUUGAAUCCACAUCCAUGCACAUGGUUGCGUGUUAAAGGCGUGUGCACAUGUGGGUGUCAAUGUGUGCGUGUGUGUGUAUGUGAGGGGGGGGGUGGGUAGAGCUCUGCUGCGGGACAGCUGGUUACCCAAUAAAGGGCAGGGCUUUUUUUUCCUCUGCGUUAUUUGUAUUUUCUUGUUUAUAUUGUGGCAUCCUUUUUUGUUUCCCCCCCACUGAGAAGUAAACCAGGCGUAUAGAGAUAUUCAUAUAUAUUUUCUAGAAUCAGAGAGAACACAUUAAUCAGAAAUGGAGCAAUAAAUGUGUCGUUAUUUUCUUGUUUGGAGGAAGAGGAUGGAUGAAGGAGGAGUGCAGGUUCUCCACAUUCAGGCAAUCAUCAGGAACUGCGGAAAUUUCUUAGUCGACUGUGAAAAUUGUCUUUGUCUAUGGCUUUCUGUCCCUGUCUGGUUCUGCUCAGAGAGCUGGGUCACAACAACGAGGAGGAAAAACUGCAAGCACUUUUGUAGUCGGCGCCCAGAUGGUACUUGUGUCCUGUAGCUGUAGAAACAAGCCGAUGUGGUGAGAGAGGUAUUUAACUCAAGGAUGGAGCACGGAGGGAUACAGUGGAAGUGAUGAAGAUAGGUGGUUCAGGUGGGAUUGGAAAUGGCAGUUGGGCAUGAAAGUAGAGCAUUUGAGCAUCACAGCAAGAGCCUGACAUGAAUAUUGACGCAGACUUGUUGGAAUUGGAAGCAGCUUAAUAAAAACAAACCCCAGAGAGAGAGAGAGAGAGAGGCAUCUUUUCCCCACAAGCAGCCAGAAUGCUCCAAACCUUUUAUCACAUUUUUCAAAAGGUUCCCUGAACAUGAUGUCUCUGUCGGACCAUUUGCAGGCUUCCCUCUGCACAUUAUGUUGAUCAUCCACAGAAGCGAGGACACGGCUUUGGUACGAAACAUGAUUUUGGGCGACUCACCGAACGUGAGGAGUCAAAUUCCUAUUUGUCUUUGUUGGACUGAAAAGCAAACAGAACUUUUGUGUGGUGGGUGAAAUGACACAGCAACAUUCAGUGACAAGUGUGUAGUAUUUAGUCAAUCUCUUCGUGUACAUUACACAGACCAGGAACAGUGUUUACAGGAAGAUAUUUGGAUUCAUUGUGACCAAUGUGAUGGGUAGAAUCUCUCAUUCAUGCACUCUCAAUCCCUAAAGCACGUCAAGUUUCCGUCUUUGGAUCCGCUCUUUUUCUCAGCUGCCAACAGUAAACCAUUCUCUUUUCCCUUUUUUCUUUCCUUUUCUUUUCUUUUCUUUUCUUUUCUAUUCUUUUCAAACAUACCUCCAAGCCAAAACUGGUAUGUGAUCUCUCUAUUCUGUUUUAGUCUCAGCUGGACAAGAGUAGCUACCCGCCUCAAAAUUAUUUUGGCUCCACCCAUAAAGUGGUCCGACCAUGACUGGGAGUCAAAAGGGUGAAGGAUACUGAAGUACAAAGUCUGCGACUUGCCAACACCCAACAGUACGAGUUCACCGCUCCCGCCAAGAAUGGCAUCACAUAAAGGGGUGUUGAUGUUCAAGGCGUUUCGAGUUGUAGGGUGAACGAGACAUUCUGUAUAGUUAUCGAAUCACUAGACUUAAACAGAAGAUACGAGUCUAAACACGAUUAUGGCAGUCUCGGCAUAAAUAUUCUCUGUGGUUCACCACUGCCGAUAGGAAGAUGCACAUCCUAACAACGCCCACAUCCAAUUCCUGUCACUGAAUUCCAUCCACCUCUAUCCCUCAAAGUUUCCGGACUGUCAUUGACAUUUAGAAUCUCCGCUUGCUGCAAAAUAUCCUGCGGAACACGACAGAUCAUCUGGUUGUUGGGCCGCAUGGGCCUUUAUGCAGUUUUGCUUGCUAUGUUUGUGUUAUUCUUCAUUUGUACACAAAGUUUUAUGUGUUGUGCAUGUACUCCUUUCACUUAUUUUAUCUAUGUAUUUUAAUUUGCGAGAGCAUGGCAACACCAAGUACGGGCCAGAUGUUUCCUGAACCCGCUCUGUGUUUAAGGAAGACUUUUUCUAAAGGAAAAAGACUGGAUCUGAAAAGGUGCGCAUUCGCGUGGGUGAAUUUCAAAUCCUUCCUUCAUCCUCAACCGCAACAUUGCGUGCUCCCGCGAAGAACAAGACCCAACCCGAUUCUCAGGAAGUCGAGGGGCAAGAUGGAGGAAAGCGUCUUCCUCAGUUUUGAAUUCCUGCCUUAAGAUUGAGGAUUACCAAGACUACCCAGAAUGCUUUGCUUAUUUGCAACAACAAAAAUGGCUCCAAAUGUAUUUUCUUUGUUCAUGAAGAUAUAGAUAUUACAAGAAAAAUGUAUUAUAUUAGUUCAUUUUAUGUAUUAUUUACCUCAUCGUUGGAUGACAUUUAUUUUAAUUUACAAUGUUUUGUCAGUCGCAGCUGGUGCGGCAGAGCCGUGUUGGUCUGGUUCAAGUUAGUUAACGUGACAAAAUGUUCAUUUUUCUCUGUGGUAAUGGAGUUGUUUUUUCAAGGUAGCAGCCUAUUUCACAUGCUCGAUGAUGGUUGAAUAUGACCAGGCGCAAAAGUCUUCUAGCAGGUGUUACAAUAAUGUCGUGGGACGUGAUCACUCAAUGAAACAACACGCAGAGCAGGACUGAAAGAUGGUGUUCGCGCGAUGUGAUACAAUGUUUUUUUCAAAUACAAAAAUGUGCCGCGAAGGUGAAACAAGCUCAGCAACGACUCCCUGACUCACUGCCUCGGAACAACACGAGUGGAAAUCGACCCACGUCUCACACGUUCCCUCUUUAUUCGAUCAUUUCUAUGUUGCCCAUGGUGUUAACUAUCAAGCGCAGCCGCCUCCGACCGUCGUCAUGGCAACUCCUCAGUGCAAGGCGUGAUUUACCGAACGCCACUUUUGCGCAAUGCUGCCCCCUGCAGCCCGGGGGCGCAUCUGCAUUUAAGGUGUGUCCCAUUUGUUAGUCGGACAGAGCCCUUAACACUUGGUUUUGAUUCCUAAUGUUGAGGGUUAAGGUUGAGAAUAAAGGAAGGAAUUGGAAUUCACCCCAAAUUCAGGAUUUCUUGGUUAGCACCGCUGACCUGGCGCCAUCAAGUGGCCCGCACCAACUGCUAAGGCCGUGUCAGUGUUUCUCCCAGUUGCAAUAAUACUUGUUUAUGUUUAAAAGGUUUGAAAGCCAGCAACCUCUCAGACGUCUGCUCCAAUCCAGCAGCAUACGUGAACAGGAAUAGCUCAGCUGGUGGUUUGUUCAAGAAGUAUCCAAGGAACAUCACUCAUGCCAGGGUUCAAUAAACAGCACCAUGCUGUGAGAAAAGGCGGGAAGGAAAGGUGAACACGGGUCAGAGUGGCUCCCAGCACACCAGUCGAGUGGCACCACGUGGUUGGUCGAAUUAGGUUGGAAGAUCAUUGAGACCAAUAUUCAAUUCUUUAGGGAAAACCGAAGUACAGGUGUGAAGACAAGUGAGUUAAAGGGACCCUUAUGUUUUUCCAUAUUUUCCAUGACAUGUCACCUUAACACAUACUCUCAUGUAUAAGGAUGUUCAUCCAUUUAAGAGUCAUUUUGUUUAAAAAAUAAUAUGGAGUCUAUUCUACCCUGCCUGCACCCGCUUCUUCACCUCUUUCUCACGCUCUCCAUCUUUUGCUGAAGUGAACACCACAAUUUUGCCACCGACUCAAACGCCUUUUGAGAAGGAAUAAAACCUUAUGUCGUCCAUAAUGUGAAAGUAACCAGGCAUCACGCUUCAAGAAUGUUUCCCAGAUUCCAACUCCCCGGCUGAAGAGGCAGGUCCUCGCAUCGGCGACCCGAAUAACACACGAGACUCGAGCGAUACAUUGAAUGUUGCUGUGUCAAGGUGCCCAAAUUGUUGUCCACGUCCAGCUCUGAAGCAGGUGAACUGGCCAGCGGCAGAGAGGAGGGUGGAGUGUGUAUAGAGCAUUUCACUGCCUGCCCGUACCAGAUGUACUGUAGGUGCUGUAUUUGUUAACAAGGAAUCAGGCACAGACUUAAAACGCUGACUUCAGUAUGAGUUUCUUUCCAUUAUGCAGUACUGUUGGGUUACUUUCAUUAAUGUAAAAGCUGUGUAUCUUAUGGAUGUUGAACGAGUGCGUGCCAUGUUUGGGUGUUGUAGCCUAGAGAACUCAUUGUCUUCUUCAUCCUCUCCCCCUCGCUGUGACCUGAACCUAGAGGAUGACAUCAUAGCUCAAGCGUGGUCUCUUUUUUUUGUAUUUAUUUUGACACAGAACAUUCAGUCAAUGAGUUGCUAUCGGAUCAUUUAUGAAUUUGUCGUGUCAAUGAGGCGAGAGCGGGGGAAUGGGAAGGCCGCAGCAGCCAUUAUGACCCCCAAAUAUAUAUUUUUCAAGUGAGAAAAUGUUUGUGAACGACCGCGCGAGGUCAUGCUGUACAUGAUGAUACUGUAUGUGCAUAUGCUGAAUGUACAACAAGGUAACGCAGGCAUCAAACUGUGCUCCAAUGUCACAACACUGCUGUACAUACAUCCACCAUAACGCGCCAGUUUGGGUAGUUAAAGGAAAAUACGACCAUGUUCUGUUCAAACAGUUGCUGCUCACUAAAGGCCCAUUUAUGCUCCCUCCAUGUACGAAAAUACCCGUCCGUUUCAUGCGCUGUUACUGUCACUGAUCACACGCUUCCUUGUGCUCUACAUUUUGCUGUUCACCAAUACAUCCACCAGGGGGAGCAGCAAAGAGCCAAAAGGUUAUGACAAACUCCAACACCAACAUGGCGACUGUGGAGUCAGUAUUGGCUGAAGAGGAAAGGCUAUUAAAUAUACGGUAUCACCACUGGAGGACGGAGAAUUCCCGCCAUUGUGAUGUCUUCUUCGUGUCUCAUCAGAGCUAUGUAUCGGGUAGUAACAGCUACACUGCCCCCCAUGGUGCCCGGUGGUACUGCUCCAUUGUGGAAACACCAAGGAAAUGAAGGCAGAGCACAGACAGAUCCUUACGUAACCAUCGAGCACAAAUGGGCCUUAAGAAGAUUUUUUAUUUUCUUGAUAAAAAAAAAUCGAAGAAUAAAUAUAUAUGGAGGGUUUCCAUCCAUCAUGCUGUAUUUUCAGUGAGAUUUAAGCUUGUUGAUGACAGAGCACUGUUGCUUUCCUUUAAACUACCCAGUCAACAGCACAAACUGCUAUCAAGGUAUAAUGUUAUUAUUUUUUUUAAUUGAAAUAACUGUGUACUGAACUAACCAUCUGAAGACUCCACUACAGACUUGUCAAUGUGGCCAUUUUUGAGUGUAUGUUGGAACCAAUAAAACCUUUGUGUAGGAACAGACGUACAAGCAGGACUGUGAAUUCCCUUCCAAGCUCCUCCUUCUCACCUCCACACUGCGACUACGACACAGAAGCUGCAUAGCUGCACGUCUUUGUGUUGAAAAGGAUGGCUGCCAGUCAAUCAUGGACCUUUCUAAGAGUUUAUGAGAAGUUGCAACUUCAGCACUCAGUCCAAGUCAUAGCCAGUUAGCCUCUCGUGUAGUCCAGCUGAACACGUGUUGACAAUAUUUAACAGGGCUCAUAUUGUCUGUCAUUUCCAACCCAGAUUUUUUUUUUUUAAUUUAACGUCGAGUGUAGCCGAAACUUCCAAAUGACUUGUGAAAUUGUGAGACAUCUUUGGCUUGCAGCGGUUUGCUGACCAUGAAGCUUAACGGCUGGGAGACAAAAAUGAAACCUUGGCGUAAGACAGACACACCGACAUGAAAAAAAACCCAACCCAUUUUGAGCACAAAGCAAUAUUUUCAAGCACAAAUCCACAGCCGUCCUCAAUAGUCGCUCUCUGUUCUCCACAUUUCUCGUUCUCUCCCUCAUCCAAACUGUGUUGCGAUCAGAUCAAAGUGGAGGUGUCAUCCGCUUUGGCUGUUCGGGAGUCGGCUGGAGUUCCUUGUCGGGGUCGUGUUUUUACACCGUUUUGAAUCAAAAGGUGGGAAUGUUUCGGUAUGUUUCAUCACUUCUGGGACUCAGGUCUCAAUUAAUGUAUUUUUCAAGUGGACUUUUUGAGUCCAAUGUGCUAAAUUUCAGAGCUCGGUAGGUAGCACGUUUGGUUUGUGAGGUUUCAUUGACUUAGCACACAGUGCCAUCUACAUUAGGGCAAUGUUUCAUGAAACCACAUCAUACCAUCACAAGCAUAUAACAAAGUGACACAUGGUGGGUCUGUUUUUUGUUCCAACCGAUCAAGCACACAAGCAACACCAGCCUGACAAUAAGUCUGACUGGCGAAAAGGAUCAUCCUCCUCCAUCUCCCCCUGUCCUCUGCUUCCUCUUCUCUCAAACCUACAAACCUCACGUCCUCCUUCACCACCUCCAUCAAUCUCCUCUGUGGCCUUCCUCUCCACCUUCUGCCUGGCAGUUCCAACCUCAACAUCUUCAUCUACCAAUGGACUGGCUCUCUCUCUCUCCUCUGUACACGUCCAAACCAUCUCCAUCCAGCCUCUCUGACCUGGUCUCCUAAACACCUGAGCACAUGUGCUGUCCCUCUGAUCCUAUCAUCAUCCUGCUCUCACUCCCAGAGAGAAGCUCAGCAUCUUCAUCUCUGCUACCUCCAGCUCUGCCUCCUGUCUUCUCCUCAGUGCCACUGUUUCCAAACCACCCAACAUUGCUGGCCUCACCAGCCUUUUGGACACUUUCCCUUUCAUCCUUGCCGACACCCUUUUGUCACACAUCACACCCGUCACUUUUCCACAUUAGAAGUGAGAAUGUGUUGCAUCUGCCUUCAGGUCACUCGCCAUCAAAGAUAUACUGGGAACACUGGAAAAGAGUGCCGGCCCAAACACAAGGUCAAACAAAUCUAAUCCCUUAAACCUGGACUCAAAUGUAUCACUGCGUUAUUUUCCCGCCAAGUCAGACAGAACAGCAAACCAAAUCCAUGUUUGACCGAGUUCUUUUUGGGGGCUGUCCCCAGUGGUACCGAUCAAGCUGGGUCGGAGCAGAACUCCAGUUUCUGGCACACAUGCUAAUACACACCGUUAUUUAGUUGGGCAGGGUUUGCAAGUAAAAUAAAUAAAUAAAAUAUAGCUUAAAAAUGGGACAGACACAAACACAGACACUGAUCCCUUUUCGUUACGUUCACUACGUCCCGCUACGGGUGGAUUGGGCCGUGUAAAUGCUACGUCUCGAUGAGCAACGCAGCGUAUGUCAAAUUCAUUUCCAAAGUCUCAGUCAUCACCAAGCGUUUGAAAGCAAACCAUAUAAAGCCUGAUGUUGCGAUUCCCAUCUGUUUAUUAAACUUUUAUUCAUGAAGACGCAACAUAGUGGUUUUAAGAGUUUUUCCUUUUUAGAUCUAUAAAUGCAUGCGUGCCUUUAAUAUGUAUUUUCAGGGAUGAGGCAAUGGCUGGCUUCAGUUAGCGUUGCAUCUUUGUACAAAAACCUGUUUGAAACGACCUGAAAAACAGUUCAUUCACUUGCGCAUACGCUGAUGGCACGACUCAGUUGGUCAAAGAUCAAAGCAAACUCACCUAACAUCAAAGGAAAUCUUACUGAAGAACUUCGGAGAUCGAAUACAGUCAACUAAAACAUGCUAGCAUUAGCUUAAUAUUGCAAUGCUAAAUUUCAGUGUUUAUUUCUGACAAUGACACUUCAGCCUGAUAAAACACUUUUUUUUUGCCGUCAUUGCUGCUUAUCUUGAGAAAGCAGCCCACUAUUUUUCCUUUAUUCUUGCUGCUUGUUAUUCUCUGAUCAUGAAGAAAAAAGUCUCGCCCAACGGACGCCAGAAGACUUGACCCGGCAGUAAAGAAAAUCAAGUUAUUGCUUCUGGACAGAAUCCAUAAAGGAGCUCCUGAAUUGCGAACUUUAAAAGUCAGCAGUUGACUUUGUGGUUUGCCGUUGAACGCUGGUUCAGUCUUGCCAAGGCUUGUAAAAGAAUAUAAGAUGAAAAAAAAAAAGUGGGAGCGAUGAAACAGUGUUGCAUUGCACUUUGAUGUUUAAAGUCAGGGGCCUAAAACUAUAAAUCCCACUUUUUUCACUCUGGAAGUCUGGCUUUCUCUGCAACCUUUCAACUGCUGUUUUAGGUUCUGGUCAUUGACCUGUGACUGACAGUAAGUUUGCCUUCACGAAUCGAAGAUCUCUUCUGAUUGUUGCCCUCAUACUUAUAUGCAGAGUGGUCUGUAGUCUUGGUUUACAUAAGGCAAGAAGAACAACUGUUCAGAUCAGUCUGGGCGAUGCACCAACAAGUUUAAUCUCCUUACUGACUGGUGGUUGAGGUGAGGCUCCUUCUCAAGUCCACUUGCAUCUCAAUCAUCCUGUCAGCUCAAAAUGUGAUGCCUGAACUGCUCUUCAAUGAAGCCUCACAUCAUUUCGAAAGCAAGAGCUCCAUCUAGUGGCCUCUGAAAAUUAGGACAUCAACCCUGCAACACUGUUUCGUGAUGCGUCAUCGACCCAUCACGACCAAACAUUAAUGUAAUGACAUCAAAACCAAAGUGCUACUCAGAUAUUUGUCUUUAAAACCUUCUGGAACCUUCAUCCAUUAUUGGCUUCUUAGGGCAGUUUGACUUUGAAUAUUUGAAGAAUCAUCUGACAUUCAGAAGCCGACAAAAAACAUUUGGAAUGGCAAACCAAAUCUAGACGGCAUGUUUGGUUGUAUGUGUUUAAUAAUUUGUCCGUUUUGCAUCACACCUCAGCAAGGAAAUUAAGUUUCAUUUUUUUUUUUUUUUUCACAGUCAAGUAUCAAUUCUUCCACUUGCAAAUCUCUAUUUAUAAAAAUGCUGUUCCAUCCUUUUUUGGCUGAACUUGUGUAAUACACAGCGCAUGUAUUGAGAAAUCCACCUAGAUCAUCAGUUCCAAAAUGGCCGACUCUUCUUUCUGCAGAACAGUUGUGAAGGCUUGAUGAUGUUUCAUGAAACAGCGUGCUGUUUGUUUUCAGAGGCCACUAGAUGGCGCUCUUGGUUUAGAAAUGAUGUGAGGUUUCCUUGAAUUCAGUUCAAUUUUUACAGCAGACAGCGCCACCUGGUGGCCUCUGUGGCACAGAACACUGUUUCAUGAAACCACAUCUACUCAUUACUACUGCUACCUAAAAAUCCCAGAAUCAAGGAGUUGGGUUCCAGAGCCCAGGCUGUGCGUGGAGGAGAGCCCGACUAUAUCGAGCCGGUACCUCUCAACCUCCCUCACAAGCUCAGGCUCUUUUCCCCCCAGUGAAGUGACAGUCCAUGUUCCAGAGAAUGUCCACACGGACCAGGUCGUCGGGUCCCCCGCCCUCGACUGCCACCUGGUCAUCUUUUUGGAUGAGGAUCAGCACCUCCAAGUCUGAGGCCAUGGUUCUCGACCGGAAUAAGGUGGUUUGCUCUCUCCAGGUCGGUGGAGAGUUCUUGCCCCAAGUGGCGGAGUUCAAGUAUCUCGGGGUCUUGCUCUCGAGUGAGGGAAAAGGGGAGCGUGAGAUUGAUAGACGGGUUGGUGCAGUGGCAGCAGUGAUGCGGUCGCUGUAUCGGACCGUCGUGGUGAAGAGGGAGCUGAGUCACAAGAUGAAGCUCUGGAUUUACCGAUCGAUCUACGUUCCCACCCUCACCUAUGGUCACCAGCUUUGGGUCAUGACCGAAAGGAUGAGAUCGCGGAUACAAGCGGCUGAGAUGAGUUUCCUCCGCAGGGUGGCUGGGCGCACCCUUAGAGAUAGGGUGAGGAGUUGGGUCAUCCGGGAGGAGCUCGGGGUGGAGCCGCUGCUCCUCCACAUCCAGAGG